AUGUCAAGCGUCAGCCAGUCCAGCAGUCCCGAGAAGGCGUGGAACGGUUCUGCUGUACCAUAUCGAAGCCAGCAUCAGGCCUGGCCCUACGUUCAAGCCGACUUCAAGCGCAUGGAUGAAAGCCCCGACAACUCAUUCUACAGCGACAGCAGAUUCGUCACUCAUAUCGACGAUGCUGCCAUAGCAAGCCUCGGGAGAUACUAUGACACCGUCUUGCCACGAAAAGGUCGAAUUCUGGAUUUGUGUUCUUCGUGGAUAAGCCAUUACCCUCAGGCUGUCGAGAAGGCUGCGGCACAGGGUGAAUUGAAAGUCGUUGGCCUCGGAAUGAACCAGCCCGAACUCGAGAAGAACCAGGUACUCUCCAAAAGAAUACUUCAAGAUCUGAACGAGGAUCCGAAUAUUNNCCCCCUCACUGUAUGCGGCGAGCACGCUGUUAGUGGGCUUCAAAGUGCAGACAGCGUUGACAGUGAGAGCGGAUUGUUGGACUGUACGACUUGCGUCGUGAGCCUAGACUACCUGACUCGUCCGAAAGAGGUUCUCGAGAGUGUUAGGCAGUUGACUAGAUCAGGCGGAAGCUGCCAGAUCAUUGUCAGCUCUAGAAUGUUUCCAACCAAGGCGACGAGCGCAUGGAUCAAGAGGACACCAGAACAGCGGUUGCAGAUGGUUGGGGAUUACCUCCACUUCGCUGGUUGGAAGGAUAUCGAGAUCAUCGAUAUAAAAGCAGGAGAUGUCGCAAAUGCUCCAGCAGAAGAUCAAGGCGGAUUGCAAAGCUUCAUGCAAAGGAUGGGCAUGGGUGGUGGUGAUCCGUUGUGGUGCGUACGGGCCUUCAAGCGAGACUAG